GUUUUGACCUGGAAACUUGAAUUAUUUAAGGCCCAGCCCCGCUCUCGUUAUGAUGGCAAAUUGAUGCUCUAGUGCAACUUCACUUCCUCCAGCCUGUGCGCCUGAUCAUACAUGGCGGGGAAUGAAACCUCACACAUCCGCUAUGUAAUCUCGCACGUACCAUGCGAGUAGCGACAGGUAGCGACCGCCAGCUCCCAGGAAUAGCUGUGGCCAUGGGCCUUGAUCCCGGUGUUCUUUCAAUGUACUCCGGCACUGUAUCUGGAUGUGAUCCACAUUUUCCUGGCUUGCCAGUUCCGCCGCAAAAUGGAUUGAGCCAGAGGAUACUGCCCUCUUCAAGUGGCCUCAUUCGCCAGCGCCACCGCUGCACCCUCUCCAUGAACAUGGGUUCCACUGAAGGUCCUCUUUCGUUCGAUUCCGAGGCAGUCCCACUGAUUAUCGACAAUUCUCAACUUGACCUCGAGACGAGCAGUGGUGUCUCUAGUGAGUGGACGCCUUGGCGUUCGUCUCUCCCAUACUGGCUUUUAUCUGCCUGCACUGUUGGGAUUGCGCUCAACACCGCUCUCGUGGCCCUCAUUUAUACUCAUCUAAAUACACCGUUGCUCAAUCGUGGAAGCCCAUUGCCUCGUCCGAAUCAAUUCAUUGGCCUCGAUACUAUCAACAUGAGCUUAUACCAUGAUUAUUCUCCCGAACCUAUCGUCAACCACGCACCCAUCCUUACACAGAUCAACUCUGCGUCUGCGAAUCUUGUUUUUCCCGACGAUCUUCGUCGCCAUUUCACCUUCGUUGGGACGGUAUACCCAGAAGAUCGCCACUUUUUCGUGAAUGAAUCGACCAGCACUGUCGCCCAAUUUCGCGUCCUAGACUAUGCUAUGGAGAACUGCCAGGUUGUAGUCAAUAUUCCCCCUCGAUCGCAUCUCGCGUCCAGGACAGUUCGUCAUAAGACGUUCAAUAUCAGCCCCAACCCGGUAGUCAUCGAAGUCUGGCGCCUCGGUGCGGAUCCGUAUCAGUUUCUCGAUGUUCGUGCGCUAUCGUGGAAGACUCGCCCUAUGCGAGUUGGGCGGUCUCCCAUAGCUAACCUUGUAGUUGGAGAAGAUGCUCGUGCGGCCAGUGAUAUCUUCCAUUGUCAAUCUGACUCAGUUCAGACAUUUGAAUUUGCUUGCACGUCCUUGAUGUGUCAUCUGGACUUCUGGCAAGAUCGCUUUGAACCCUUGCUCGCGGCCUUUUUAAUGCAAUAUCCAUCCAAGUAGAACUACUGAUGUGGUAAUGCAUCUGUGUCAGGAACUGAUCGAUGAUUAUCGGAGAAACUAGACUCUUGUUUGCAGGUUUGCAGAAGAUACUGAUUCUAUCUCUGCGCCUCGCUCAGGAGAUACAAAUGCAGGUGCACAAUGCACAUACUACAUCUUCUCGACAUCACCGGCUUGCAAAAAUAAGGAUUGCGAAGUUGA